CUUCCGGGUUCUGACCGCAAACCCUUAAGAGAAAAAAAAGAAAAGAAAAGUGCGCGUUCACAUGCAGCGGGGCGGUGAUGCCGUGAAUGCGCUUUCAGGUCUCCGUAACGGUGUGAGCGCGCUUUUUAGUGUCGCGUAAAAAAAAAGCUGGAAAAAUGAACGUUGGGCUUCGAUGUUUGAUCCUCGGCGUUGUCGCGUCGCUUGCAAAAGCAAAGUCCUAUUCGCUGCCAUACAAAACGAAUGGUGCGUGCAGGGACAGCUCUACUGAGUACAAGGCCGACAACUUCUGCUGCAGCAAAUGCAAACCUGGAACCCGAAAGGCGAGAGGUUGUACCAGCACGGAAGAUACAGUGUGUGUGCCGUGUCCUGAUGGAAUGUACUUGGAGAACAUGAAUUAUUACCCAAACUGCUUCUCAUGCACUAGAUGCUAUGAAGACAAGGGCGUGGAAUACGCCAAGCAGUGCACCAGGGUCAGUGAUGCAGUAUGUGUGUGUAAGCCUGGGUGGUACUGCGUUCAUUCAGAUGAUUCUCCUUCUUGUACUAGUUGUGAAAAGCACAGGCCGUGUACCCCUGGCAAAGGAGCUAUAUCACCAGGUACGGCUACAGAAAAUGUCAGGUGUGGUAUUUGUCCUGAAGGAACAUACUCUAAUGAAACCAGUACGCAGCCAUGCUUGCCACACACUCGGUGUGAUCUGUAUUGCAGGAGUGUGCUGGUUCGGGGCACUGCCACAACCGACACAGUGUGUGGUCCAGUUCUGAGCACAGUCCCAAGUCGUGUUACCACUUGUCCCCUAACCAUCACGCCAAAGACUAGUUCUUCACCCACCGAGCCCUCUACGAUGCCUCCAUUCCUGACUUCUUACUCCACAUCACAGAGUUUAUUCCCUGUAUAUUCACCACGUCCUCCUGACAGAUUCAUCGCCUUAUGGAUCGGUUUGCCUGUCGCUGCAUUGCUGAUGGUUUUGCUGAUAGCAACUUUCUGUAUUUGUCACAGGAAAGCUCUAGCUAAACCUGCAGUUCAUGAAGGUGUCGAAGCCAGACAGAGUUUAAACUCAGUCCACCUCUCCAGCCCGACAGAAAACCAGGGACUGUUAGCAGAUAGCAACAGCGACCCGUCCACUUCAUCGUCAUCUGACAGCCACAGCCAGGGCACAGGCAUGAGUCAGGACUGCAUCCAUGUCGAGCAGCCCGCUGUCUCCAGCCCCGUUCUUAACCUCAGCAUCACGGCCACGUUUAAUUGCCAGGUGAACCCGGCCACGGGCUCCUGUUCCAUUCCCAUCAGCCCCUGCGUGCACCAGCCGGAGCCUGAGUUUCCUCUUUCUCAAGAGGAAGAGCUGUGCGUAUCCUGUGAGCAAGAGGACAGCAAAGACGCGAUACAGUCAGUGCAAGAAAGUGGGAUGACUAAGUACUGAAGAAGACAAGGGGGAAAUCCACUGGCUUGUUAGCGGUGAACGUUUAAUCUCAGGCUGAGUGUGUAUGUGUGUGUGUGGUGGGGUUUGGCGCUGUAGUGGAUCAUCAUCUGACACCAGUAGUCAUGUGUAGAUUUUAUUUCACACGCAAACCCUGUUUUAGAGUCCACUAGACAACAGAAAAGGUGCAAACACACCCACACAUUUAUCGUCAAAACACAUGUUGAUGAAUAUGCAAAUGAAAACCCUACACACGUCCACCAACACACUUCCCCUCAUACACUGGCACCGAAUGCAAGGACACAAAGUAGACAAGGGGCUAAGGGAAAGCCCACUUGUAUGAAAUUUGUUCGAGGGUAGCGUGGAGAAAGAAGGUCAUGCAUUAAACUGCCGAGGGUCAUUUGCAUGCCUUAACCAGAUAAGCUCUUAAAUAUGUAUGACGCAAGAAAAAAACAUUUGCAUACAGAGAACAUUACUGCUCUGUGACUUGUCUGUACAAUCAACCUAAUUCCACUGAAGUGAGAAAAUCAAUUUUGUUAUUGUGAUGGAGCUUUAACACAGUAUUUCAUCGAUACCCCAGGUGUUUGUGUUGGUUUCCUACGGCUUCUCAGGUUUCCUCCCACCUCGCAGAAAUAUGCCGGUAGGUUUACUGCCUCCACUGAAUUGUCUCUAGGCGGGAACGUGUGAAUUUAGACAUGAAGUGCUCCGCGAUGGUCUGGCAUCCCGUUCGGUGUGUGCUCCCUCCUCUGUGAUCUAAAAGCUUACAGAAGAUGGAUGAGUGAACACUUGUUUUUUUUUAUUCUCUCUCUCUCUUCGUUGGGAAAAAGCCAAAUUGACUGAACAUAUGAUGUGCAGUUAAAAAACAUAUCUCAGGGAAGAAUUCUGUGGACCAUUAUCAGAACAGUUACAUCAUUCAUUAGUUUAGUUAAGGAAGGCUCAAGUAUUCAAGACCCCCUUUCCUUCCUCCUUACCGUCCUUCAUUUUUGUAAUCAUUAAUGUUUAACAAUGUGAGUCCUCCUGAAUUUAUAGCCAAGGCAGAAUUCAAAAGAAAACUGAAUGCCCUUGUUUGAAUGUCAAAUGUCAAAUAACAAGUAGGCGAGUUGCACUUUACCCACACGUUCACUCUGAGGAAGUAUUGUGGUCUUGCACUGUAUAUCAAUAGGAAAUGCAAACAUUAGUAGAUGUAGAUCACUGACGCCCCCCAGUGGUAUUAGAAAAAAAAUCAAAUCAAAUAAAAUGACUGUAGAUAGGUCUUAUAUACUGUAUACUUUAUUGCUCAAAAUGUCUUGUGAUGUAAUGUAAUCUGAAACAUUUAACACCUUAAACUCCCAGCUACACCUUUUUUCUAUUGGUUUGAGUGUUAAUUUGUAGCAGUUACUGUGUGUUAUACUUUAAAAUAAAUAUCUGAACAGUAACCUGAUAGUUUAAGGGGUUCAAGUGAAACAAUUUAUUUUUUAUGUGUUUAUUAUUUUUGUACAGAUUAAAUUUAUAUUUUAUACAGCACAAUAUAUAUAUAGAGAGAGAGAGAGAGAGUGGAGGAAUGAAUAAAUGUUACAACUUUU